AGUUGACCCCAUUCCACCUUCUUUACGGUCAAGGACACACCAGUUGUUGCAGGGACUGGCAGGUUAUAGAAUCAGUAAAAUUUGCAACAGAACUGUUUCACACUUAACUUAUUGUCAACAAAAUGUCUUGCCUUAGAAUAUUGUUGAAUAAACAGGUAUUGACGGGGAGAGGCUUUGCAAGAUGUUAUGCCACAGUUCCAACUACCAAGAAUUUUAUAAAUGGAGAAUUUGUUGAAUCCAAAACUACGAAAUGGAUAGAUUUACCUAAUCCUGCAACUAAUGAGUUAGUGACACGUGUCCCUGAGAGUACAAGAGAUGAAAUGGAAGCAGCUGUCGCUUCGGCAAAGGAUGCUUUCCGAAGUUGGUCGCAAACAACAGUAUUAACUCGUCAACAGAUUAUGUUCAAAUUUCAACAACUUAUUAAAGAUAACUUAAAAAUGAUAGCAGCAAAUAUUACAAAAGAACAAGGAAAAACAUUGAUAGAUGCUGAGGGUGAUGUAAUGAGAGGUUUACAGGUUGUAGAACAUUGUUGUAGUAUUCCAUCCUUACAACUAGGAGAGACAUUACAAGGUAUAUCUAAAGAUAUGGAUACCAUGACAUUCAAAUUACCACUAGGUGUCGUCGCUGGUAUUACACCAUUUAACUUUCCUGCUAUGAUUCCACUGUGGAUGUUUCCAAUGGCAGCAGUUUGUGGUAAUACAUCUAUUAUAAAACCAUCAGAACGGGAUCCUGGUGCUACCAUGAUAUUAGCUCAACUUGCUAAAGAUGCUGGUUUUCCUGAUGGUGUAUUUAAUAUUAUACAUGGUAGACAUGACUCUGUUAAUUUUAUCUGUGAUCAUCCAGAUAUCAAAGCUAUAUCAUUUGUUGGUUCUGAUCAAGCUGGUCAGUAUAUUUAUGAGAGAGGAUCUAAAAGUGGCAAACGAGUUCAGUCUAACAUGGGAGCUAAGAAUCAUGGAGUUAUUAUGCCUGAUGCUAAUAAAGAAAGUACAUUAACACAGUUGGUAGGGGCUGCUUUUGGAGCUGCUGGUCAGAGGUGUAUGGCACUGUCGACGGCUGUUUUUGUUGGCGAAGCUAAAAACUGGAUUCCAGAACUUGUUGAACGAGCAAGAAAACUAAAAGUAAAUGCUGGACACGAACCUGAUGCUGAUCUUGGUCCAUUAAUAUCACCAGAAUCCAAAAAGCGUGUUCUUAGUCUUGUACAAUCAGGUGUAGAAGAAGGGGCAGAACUCUUACUAGACGGUCGAGAUAUCAAAGUUCAAGGUUAUGAAAAGGGAAAUUUUGUUGGUCCAACUAUUCUGAAUAAAGUAAAACCUAAUAUGCUGUGCUAUACAGAGGAAAUAUUUGGACCUGUUUUAUGUAGUUUAGAAGUGGAUACAUUGGAUGAGGCAAUUUCUAUUGUUAACGCUAAUCCCUAUGGUAAUGGAACUGCCAUCUUUACAACGAAUGGUGCUACAGCCCGUAAAUACACAAUGGAAAGUGAUGUCGGUCAGGUAGGUGUAAAUGUUCCAAUACCUGUACCCCUACCUAUGUUCUCUUUUACUGGUUCUCGUGGUUCAUUCCGUGGUGAUACUAACUUCUAUGGUAAACAGGGUGUUCAAUUCUAUACACAAGUAAAGACCGUUACUCAGUUAUGGAAAUCAGAUGAUGCGGGAACGGUCAAGGGAAGUGCUACAAACAUGCCAGUUCAGCGUUAAGGUCAAUAAGUCCGGGGUUAUUUGUAUUUGUGUGAAUGAGAAAUGAGAAAUGUAUAUCCAUUUGCAAUAUACCCUUGAUUUGGAUUAAAAUUAUUGAAUGUCAAACAUAAUUGUGCAGGUAUAUUGAGCAUUGUGACCACUCAGGUUCUUAUAUGAAUUGAACUUUAUGCAGCUGAUAGAUGUCUUCUAGAACCUAAAUAUUUUUUUUUUAAAUUCCUGGAUAUUUAAUUCAAGAAAAUGUCUUGAUGGGAUAUGUUGACUUCAAUAAUACAGUUUAAUGCACAACAGUAUGGGGUGAUCAGGUCUAAAUUCAUUUGAAGAAUAAUACAAAUCAUUUGUCCCUCUCAUAGAAAAUAACUUUUAUAUUGCAAUCAGUGGAUUUUUUAAAUUUUAUUUUAAAAAAACGAUAAGCAUAAGUUACAUUUUUUUUGUUUUGUUUAUAUGAGUUAAAGAUGUGUUAUGUUAAACAGUAUUUUAUAAAUAAAAGUGCUAUUGUUUGAACCUCAAACAUUGAUCCUUUAAAAUGAUUUGAGGGUAUUAUUAUUAGUCCACAAGAACUAACUUUAUUCUUACCCUUGUUAGUUAUGCAAGUUUGAUAUAAGUAUAUUUUUGGCACACUUUUGAAGCUUAGACAUUUUGAUUUGGAUGUUUAUAGACAUUGUUUUUGGAAACAUGUAUACAUUUGUUACAGCAAGCUGCGACAAUUGUUACUGUAUACUUUUAAAAAUAUACAUAUUUGUAUAUAUGAGAUUAUUUUGAAGAACAUGAAAUUUAUCAUACAAAUGUACAUUAUACAUAUAAUAAAUAAACUAUAUAAACAUUUA